AGUGGAUGGGACUGGGAGAGACGAUCUCCUCACGUAUCUGAAGACUAGAGAUUCAGGGCCAAAAAAAAUACAUUUCUUGGAGAAUAUUCUCUCUGCUUAAUAAUCCUUUCUAAUUAGUUUAAUUAAAUAUGAAUCUAAUUUUAGUAGAUAAAUUAUGAAUUCCCUUUCUCAAAUUCUAACGAGACUACCGAACAUAUAAGUGUUGAAAUUUCCACCCUCAGACUCAGAAGAGAAAAUGGUUUUUUAAACUUUAAAUGCUUGGAACGGACGCUAUUGCCUCUUCUUCCUCUUAAACUUUGGUCAAAUCUUUUGGCUUUCUUAUUGUUCUCCUUCAAAACCCAGUAGCAAAACUUUCUUUUCUCUUCGACCCAUUUUAAGAUUGAUCCAGUCAGAGAUUAAGGUGCGCUUGGGAUCGUUUUUCCGUUCGAAAUAAAUCCUUCCCUCUUGGGCGGAGAGGAGUCAAGCUUUAGAAAAUCUUGAACCAGGAAUACCUCUUUGAACAUUAUGAGCGCUGCUUUGAAGAAAUCUGCGUCAAAUGGCCAUGGAAAACUGUCUUCAUUUGAAGAGAAGCAGGAAAAGAUUAAUGAGGUGAGAAGGUUAUUAGGGCCAUUGCCAGAUAAGCUGUCCAUAUUCUGUUCUGAUGCAUCAAUUUCAAGAUAUUUGAGGGCACGGAACUGGAAUAUUAAAAAAGCUACUAAAAUGCUGAAGGAAACAUUGAAAUGGAGGUCGGAGUACAAGCCUGAAGAAAUUCACUGGGAAGAGGUUGCUCAUGAAGCUGAGACAGGGAAAAUAUACAGAUUAAAUUAUGUUGACAAGUAUGGGAGAACUGUUCUUGUCAUGCGACCUGGUUGUCAGAACACAAAGUCAACCAAAGGACAAAUUAGGUACUUGGUAUAUUGCAUGGAGAAUGCGAUUUUAAAUCUGUCACCUGAACAAGAACAGAUGGUCUGGCUCAUUGAUUUUCAUGGCUUCAAUAUGUCAAAUAUUUCUGUGAAGGUUACCAAGGAAACAGCCCGUGUUUUACAAGAGCAUUACCCAGAAAGGCUAGGUGUGGGGAUCCUGUACAAUCCACCUAAGAUCUUUGAAUCCUUCUGGAUGGUGGUGAAACCCUUUCUAGAACCCAGGACUUCUAGGAAAGUAAAGUUUGUUUACCCAGAUGACCCCAACUCCAAGAAGAUUAUGGAGGAGUUAUUUGACAUGGACAAGUUGGAGGUGGCAUUUGGAGGGAAUAAUCAGACAAGUUUUAACUUUUCCGAUUAUGCUGAAAUGAUGAGAGAAGAUGACAAGAGAAUACCCACAUUUUGGACCAGAGAGAAUUCUCUUGUCAACCCACAACCAACCCUGGCAGAUUCCCUUCCUUUUGAUCGAGCUGAUACAGAAUCAGAUUCUGAUGACUCCAGGGAGUACAACUCAUUCUCUCAAGGGGUUGAUUCAGAAGAAUGCACUGAUAGUUCACUUGUGGCCAAUCAUAGUAGCAGUGGUGCUUGAGAUAUAAAUUCUGGUGAAGGGACAACUAACUUGGGCAGUCCUUAGGACAAAGUGAUUAAGAAGUGAGUUUGCUUUGCUCUUAAUUUAGAUUACAACCCUGAUCUCUCUCUCUCUCUCUCUCUCUCUCUCUGAUAUUUGUUUCUGUUGAGUUCACCUUUGUUGUAAACGAAAGUGUUGCCAUGAGGAUGGAGCUCUGGAAGACAUGAGCUUGAGAAGGGAUUUGUUAGAAUUUCAGCUUUCAAUGUUUAUUCUUGCAUCUUGUUGUGUUACUAAGACAUGCACCAUGCUGAUGAGGAGCCUUCAGGCCACUGCACCA